AUGAUUCGAGGAGCUCUUCUGGGAAUCAUCUGGAUGUUAUAUUGUGUGUGCAAGUCAUUCCAACAAGAGACGACGUUCGUCUACAACGGUUUCGACCAAGGAGACCGUAUUCACCUUCAGGGUGGUGCAAGAAUCCUUCCAAAAAAAGAUGUCCUGCAACUGACGAAUGCCACAACAACACAAAUAGGUCGUGCUUUCUUUAAGCAGCCUAUUGAGUUCAAUCCAUCUGAACCAAUCUCCUUCUCGACGCAUUUUGUUUGCGCACUGGUCCGUGUAACUGAAGUGAGUAGCCAUGGCAUGGCGUUUUUUGUGUCUCAUUCCACUGAUUUCGUAGGCGCCGAACCAUCUCGAUACUUCGGGCUUUUCAACGCAAAUGAAUCUGCUUCGACAUUGGCUGUUGAGCUUGAUAUAUCUAAAGCUCUAGAUGUGCUCGACAUCAAUGAUAAUCAUGUCGGGAUUGAUGUGAACAGAGCAGUGUCUGUGCAAUCUGCUAACGCUUCUUAUUACUCAGACAAAGAAGGUCGGAAGAUAGACAUGAAACUCGUGAGUGGGCAACCUAUUCAGGUUUGGGUGGAUUACGAAGGAACAACACUCAACGUUUCACUGUCUCCUCUUAAAAACCAGAAACCAAGCCGACCUCUUUUGUCAUCAACUUCCAUCAAUCUUACCGAGAUUGUGCAAGGUAGAAGAAUGUUUGUCGGGUUUUCUGGUUCAACGGGGUCAGGCGUGGUCAACCAAUAUGUACUGGGGUGGAGUUUCAGCAAAAGCAUGGCAUCCCUGCAAAAGAUUGACGUCUCAAAACUUCCCAAAGCUCCUUAUCCUAGCAAUAAAAAUAAGUACACAUCUCUGGUGUAUGAUAUUCUGCUGGGUUUACUAGCUUUCUUAGUUUUGGGGCUUUUCUUUGGAGCUUAUAUGUAUAGGAGAAACUUGUACAUUGAAUGUAGGAGAUGGAUUACAUCCCUCCACAAGGCCCAUCGAAUAACUGGUCCUAAUCCAGCAAGUCGGAUCGAUUUGGUCGGCUCGGUAGUUAAACCUAUUGGCUUGACCUUAGAGUAUUUUUAG